AAGGCCAGUAACACUGACUCCCUCACUAGUGCACUGACUACUGAACUAGAGAGCUGAUGGAGACUGGAUUUGUGUCUUUCUGUUCAUUAUUCUGAUCUUCAACAGGACAAACACAGAAGAUCUGCUGAAGCGACUGAGCUCAGACUGUUAUAAAGAUGGCGUUUAUUAAAGAGGAGAGUGAAGACAUCAAGAUUGAAGAAACAUUCACAGUCAAACAUGAAGAGACUGAAGAAGCUUUCAGAGUCAAACAUGAAGAUCCUGAGGAACAAACAGAAAACCUGAUGCCAGUCAAAGAGGAGAGUCAAGAUCAGAACGAAGUAGAAGAGAAGGAUCAGCAUGAGGAAUGUCUGGAUUUCAGUUCUGGAGAAAAAUCAGAACAGACAAAAACCUCAUCACAAACAACAGCCAAAUCUAAUACCUGCCACCAGUGUGGAAAGAGUUUCGCUCACAAACAUUACCUUACAAAACAUAUGAGGAUUCAUACAGGAGAAAAGCCUUACACUUGCACACAGUGUGGAAAGAGUUUCAAUCGGCGAGAAAACUUAAAAGAGCAUAUGAAGAUUCAUAAUGGAGAAAAACUUUACACUUGCCAACAGUGUGAAAAAAGUUUCACUUGGAAACAAAACCUUACAUCCCAUAUGAGGAUUCACACUGGAGAAAAACAACACAGCUGCCUACAGUGUGGAAAGGGUUUCACACAGAAAUUAAACCUUACAAAACACAUGAGGAUUCACACUGGAGAAAAACCUUACACUUGCCAACAGUGUGGAAAAAGUUUUUCUUGGAAACAAUACCUUACAGACCAUAUGAGGACUCACACUGCUCACACUGCAGAAAAGCAACAUACCUGCCAACAGUGUGGAAAAGGUUUCACUCGCAAACGAAACCUUUUAAAUCAUAUGAGGAUUCACACAGGAGAAAAGCCUUACACUUGCCAACAAUGUGGAAAGAGUUUCAAUCGGAGAGAAUACUUAAGAGAGCAUAUGAAGAUUCACAAUGGAGAAAAGCUUUACACUUGCCAAAAGUGUGGAAAGAGUUUCAAUCGGAGAGAAUACUUAAGAGAGCAUAUGAAGAUUCACAAUGGAGAAAAGCUUUACACUUGCCAAAAGUGUGGAAAGAGUUUCGCUCGCAAACAAUACCUUAUAAUCCAUAUGAGGAUUCAUACAGGAGAAAAGCCUUACAAUUGCCAACAAUGUGGAAAGAGUUUUAAUCGGAGAGAAAACUUAAAAGAGCAUAUGAAGAUUCAUAAUGGAGAAAAGCCUUACACUUGCCAACAGCGUGGAAAGAGUUUUACUUGUAAACAACACCUUAAAAAACACAUGAGGAUUCACACUGGAGAAAAGCCUUCACUUGCCAACAGUGUGGAAUGUUGCAAUGCUAAGAAAUUAACAAGUGAUGGAAUUAUAAACUCCAGUCGCUUUUAUCCCUCACCCAAACUCAGAACUGGACUACACAAGAGUAGGGCCCUGCAAGUUACAGAAGGAAACUCCCCGGUAGAGCAAAGUUAUGACAUUAUCAAUCACAAACACAAUCUUCAUCCUCAUGUCACUGCUCAGUCUGUGCCAUGUAAAAGACACCCCGAUCUUUGCCUGGUGGUAAACUCAUUCCAUUACUCUUUCCACGAUGACUCUGAUCCCGUAUUGAUGGCGUUUAUUAAAGAGGAGAGUGAAGACAUCAAGAUUGAAGAAACAUUCACAGUCAAACAUGAAGAGACUGAAGAAGCUUUCAGAGUCAAACAUGAAGAUCCUGAGGAACAGACAGAAAACCUGAUGCCAGUCAAAGAGGAGAGUCAAGAUCAGAAUGAAGUAGAAGAGAAGGAUCAGCAUGAGGAAUGUCUGGAUUUCAGUUCUGGAGAAAAAUCAGAACAGACAAAAACCUCAUCACAAACAACAGCCGAAUCUAAUACCUGCCACCAGUGUGGAAAGAGUUUCGCUCACAAACAUUACCUUACAAAACAUAUGAGGAUUCAUACAGGAGAAAAGCCUUACACUUGCCAGCAAUGUGGAAAGAGUUUCAAGCGGCAAGAAAACCUAAGACAGCAUAUGAAGAUUCAUAAUGGAGAAAAACUUUACACUUGCCACCAGUGUGGAAAAAGUUUCACUUGGAAACAAAACCUUACAUUCCAUAUGAGGAUUCACACUGGAGAAAAGCCUUACACUUGCCAGCAAUGUGGAAAGAGUUUUAAUCGGAGCGAAAACUUAAAAGAGCAUAUGAAGAUUCAUAAUGGAGAAAAGCUUUACACUUGCCAAAAGUGUGAAAAAAGUUUCACUUGGAAACAAAACCUUACAUUCCAUAUGAGGAUUCACACUGGAGAAAAGCCAUUCAAUUGCCAACAUUGUGAAAAGAGUUUCACUUGUAAACAACACCUUACAGACCAUGUGAGGAUGCACACUGGAGAAAAGCCAUUCAAUUGCCAACAUUGUGGAAAGAGUUUUGCUAGGAAACAACACCUUACACGCCAUAUGAGGAUGCACAAUGGAGAAAAGCCCCAUGCCUGCCUACAGUGUGGAAAGAGUUUCACUUGGAAACAUCACCUUGUAACCCAUAUGAGGAUUCACACUGGAGAAGAACAACACAGCUGCUUACAGUGUGGAAAGGCUUUCACACGGAAACUAAACCUUACAAAACACAUGAGGAUUCACACUGGAGAAAAACCUUACACUUGCCAACAAUGUGGAAAGAGGUUUUCUUGGAAACAAUACCUUACAGACCAUAUGAGGACUCAUACUGCUCACACUGCAGAAAAGCAACAUACCUGCCACCAGUGUGGAAAAGGUUUCACUUGCAAACGAAACCUUUUAAAUCAUAUGAAUAUUCACACAGGAGAAAAGCCUUACACUUGCCAACAGUGUGGAAAGAGUUUCAAUCGGAGGCAAAACUUAAAAGAACAUGAGAAGAUUCACAAUGGAGAAAAACUUUACAUUUGCCAACAGUGUGGAAAGAGUUUCGCUCGCAAACAAUACCUUAUAAUCCAUAUGAGGAUGCUCCAUGAAGAAAAGCGUUAUACCUGCCUACAGUGUGGAAAGAGUUUCUCCUGGAAUCGUCACCUUGCCAUCCAUAUGAGGAUUCACACUGGAGAAAAACCUUACACUUGCCAACAAUGUGGAAAGAGCUUUAAUCGGAGGCAAAACUUAAAAGAGCAUAUGAAGAUUCAUAAUAGAGAAAAGCUUUACUCUUGCCUACAGUGUGGGAAGAGUUUCACUUGGAAACAAAACCUUACAAUCCAUAUGAGGAUUCACACUGGAGAAAAGCCUUCACUUGCCAACAGUGUGGAAUGAGCUUUGCAUGUAUAAAUAUCCCUUAAUACCCAUGUGAUGCUGUAUACUGGAUAGAAGCCUGACACCUGGGUUUCUAUUAAAAAAAUAAAACUUAAAUUUCAUAAGAGGAUUCACAAUUAGAAAUAACCAAAUGAGAUUUCGUUAGUGCAGAGACUCAUAGACAGGAAUCACUGUAAUAACUUACAAAGAAGGAGAGGAUGUCAUCACAGGGUGCAAUUAAAUGCAUCCCUAAAACAAGUCAGUUUUCAAGGGAAAAAAAAAAACAGGUUUAUGAGAACACUCCCCUUUUGUCCCCUCCCCUUCCCAUGCCCUUGUCAAUGAAAUCAUCUUGCCAGAAGUCUUGCAUCAUCUACAAAAACUUGAUUUUACCAAGCCUCAAGCAGCUUCACAAAGCAUCCUGCGACCCCUCACAUCUGUGUGUGCAAGUACCAAGCAAUCGGGUCAGUCCAUCAGAACUCUCACAAUCUGUUAAAGAUUUGUAAUUCUGCCAAGAGCCUAGGCCUCAGGAAGGAUUCACAGCCAACAACAUCAUCCUCUAGCUUCUGUAUCCCCUGGUAACCAGCUCCAACUACAUCAUGCAAAUCCUGACCAGACCAGACCAGCUGUGCCGGGAUUUCCAAGGGUGUAGGUUUGCUCUUGACAAUGGUGGGGAGUCUGAGGACCUAUAAAUCUCCCUGAACCGAAAUCCCACUUGCUACUCUGAGAGAUUAGGAGAACUGACAGGGAUCAUAUUCCCCCACUGUGCAUUUUUAUUUUAAGCUGUAAAACAUGUGAGAUUCUCUGCUAUUUAUGUUUUUCAGGUUGCAAUGCUGAGAACUUAACAAGUGAUGGAAUUAUAAACUCCAGUCGCUUUUAUCCCUCACCCAAACUCAGAACUGGACUACACAAGAGUAGGACCCUGCAAGUUACAGAAGGUCCUGCAGAACACCACCCCUCCCCCCGGCCACCAGACUGUAUAGAAAAUACAAUGCUUCAUGAGCUUUGCUAAUUUCUACCUACAAUCCAUCCACAGUCUUAUUAUAUUACCUCUUCACUCAUUUCACUGGUCCAGGAAACUCACCGGUAGAGCGAAGUUAUGACAUUAUCGAUCACAAACACAAUCUCCAUCCUCAUGUCACUUCUCAGUCUGUGCCAUGUCAAAGACACCCAGAUCUUUGACUGGUGGUAAACUCAUUCCAUUACUCAUUCCACGAUGACUCUGAUCCCGUAUUGGUAUUGACAGUGUUUCUGACUUCCAUAAUUCUGAUGGUUUUAUCUCUGUUAUAGUUGCUGUAGAUUGUUUCUCCAAAGCCUGUAAACUCAUCCCUCUCCCUGGUUUACCUACUGCAAUAGAUACAGCAGAACUCUUCUUCCAGCUUGAGCUGAAACUAUAGCUCACCUGAGGAGAUUGUAUUGACCGGGGCCCAGUUGACACCCUUAUCUGGAAAGCUUUUCUUCAAACUACUCACCAUUUCUGUUAACCAUUCUUCUGGUUAUCCCCCACAGUCAAAUGGCUUGGAGCUCAGACAGUAUCUCCAGUGGUACUGUCACAAGGACCAGAACAGAUGGAACCGUUUCCUCCUGUGAGCUGAGUAUGCACAGAAACCCCUGCACCAAGAUACCAAUGCCUUAACAACUUUCCUGUGCUAACCAGCCACCACUCUCUCCCUGGAUGGAGGAACUCUUCAAGGUUUCAGCUGUUGACUACUGGUUUAGAGAGAGUGUGGGAUUUACUCUAUCUGCAGAAACCCUUAGCAAAGAAAGUAAAAGACAGGAAGUCUGAGACACUCCCCUAUCAACCUGACGACAAGGCAUGGCUGUUCUGGACCAGCCAUCAAUCUACACAGUCAAUGAGAUCUUGGAUUUGUGAUGCAGAGUCUCCCAUGUGGAAUAUCUGGUCGAAUGGGAGGACUAUGGACUUCAGCAGGGGUGUCAAACUCAGUUCCUGGAUGGCCGCAGCCCUGCACAGUUUAGUUCCAACCAUGCUUCAACACACUUACUUGUAGGUUUCAAACAAGUCUAAAGGACUCAAUCAGUUUGAUCAGGUGUGUUUAAAUAGGGUUGGAACUAAGCUGUGCAGAGUUGCGGCCCUCAAGGAACUGAGUUUGACACAUGUGGACUAGAGGACUGACUUGAGGCAGAGGUCACAACCAUGUUGUGUGAUGACAAUAGGAGUUACCUCUGGAGAAGUGGUCCAUUUUGUUUAUUUUAAUUUAUUACUCAGUAAAAAGUAGCUUAUUUUGUGUAUGUAGGGGUCAGAUGUGUACUGCAGUCUGAAGACAAUAUAUGUUUGUUUAAUUGUCUACUAAAUGUAUGUUUUACUGUUCAUUUUAUUUACAUUUUAUUUAGCUAUGCACACAUUUUUAGUUAGUUUUCUGGUGUAUUUUAUUUUUACAUAUACAUUUUUGUAUGUGGGUUUUAAGUUUGGUUUCAGGAUAUAAAAGAAUAAUGUGUUCAUUGUGUUGUAACUGGAAAGAAGAAAUAUGUUUUCCAGUACAUUUUAAUGUAUGCUUAUAUAUGUAAAUGUGGGUAAAUUGUAAAAUGUAUGAAAUGCCUUUACAUGCGUACUGGAGAAAAUAAUUAAUCUGAACACACAAUGCUGCUGUGUAUUGAUGAGGGGUCAGACGUGCACUGCAGUCUGAAGACAAUAUAUGUGUGUUUAAUUAUCCACUACAGGGUUGAAUAAAAUAGUGGAAAGCA